GAAUUCGCUAUUAUUAAGUGGUGAAGCAUAUUGAACUAAUCAUGUCCGGAGAAAGUGAUAGUGAUUUUGUGAAAAGUGUAGAAGAACUACUGAAAUCUGGUCGUACGUUAGAAGCAAUUUCACUAUUUCAUGCUAAAGAACAUACAACCAAAGUAAAAAACAACUCGUGGGAUCUUGUUCCCGUUCUCAGUAAACAUUCAGUGACUUAUACUGAAGAUGGGAAUAUUAAUGCCGAAGUAUUUCAGUGUUGUAAAGAGCUUUUAAAUUCAAUAGCAGACAUCUCGAAUCCUGAAGAAGCUUUACUCCAAUUCAUUGAAGAAGUGGAAGAGAGUGACAAUGAUAUUAAAUUUGUUAUGAUGUUGGAUCCAUUAAGAAAAAUUUUAAUGAGGAUUCCAAACAAAAAAUUAAUAUCUAUCGCUUGGGGAUUUAAUGCUGUACAUAAUUAUUUGAAAAAGUAUCCAGUGCCUGAAAGUGAAAACUUAGAAGGAAAAGAGAAAUUAUUACUGGACAAUUCAGAAGAAACUCGUAAUAUCAACAAAUUGUAUAUAAAUCUUGUACAAUUCUAUCAACUGUUAAAAGAUAUGUUUCCAGUAGAAGAUAAAAAUAGUGAAGAGAAAAAAAUUAAACUUGAAUUUUUGAUAACAUUAUUAGGAAGACCUUUGGUUUAUUUAGAUAUAGAAAUUUUCAAUGCUAUUAAAAACAGAGCAAGGAUUUCCUCAGAAAUUUUAGUUACCCAAGUUUUUGAAAUAUGUCGAGAUCCUGUAGCAUUAUUACAAACUAAAGAUGACAAUACUGAUUGUGUUUAUAAAUUAUGUGAUUUAGGUCUAGCUUCUUUAUACUAUCAAGUAUUUGUUGAAGAAAUAUGUAUCAAUGAGAUACCCAAAGUUUAUGAAGCCAUAUAUUUUUGUCAAAAUAGUUUGCAUCUAGUUACUAUUCUUUUAAAUACUAAUCACCAGAUUGUUAUUGAGAAAGGUCUUAAAUUAGCAAUGAAAUUAUUGCAGCAUAUUCGUUAUAGAAAACUCUCUUACCUUUUGUUAGAUUCUGAAGAUCACAAAAAAUUUUUUAAAGCUUUAUUCAACAUUAUUAUUUAUAAUGAAGUUGUGUCUUUAAGAAAAUCAGGUGUAGAGGUAUAUAAAACGUAUUUAUUAUCAUUUGAAAACAAAGGGUUUUACUUGUUAGUUAAUAAUUUGAUAUCAGAUAUAACUCAUUCAAGUUUAAGAGGUUAUACAAUUACUUUGUAUAAAGAUCUAGUGUAUAGAGAAUUUUCCACUAAAAAACACUUAAAUGAAAUGUCUUGCUAUGUAAAAGGUAACAAACUAUUCACUUUACUAAAAAAAUUUUGUUUUCUGGACAAAAAAGAGGAGAGUGACUUAAUUGAAUUAUCAGAUGAAAUUAUAGCUACUUUAAACCUUUUGAGAUAUUUAUCGAUAAGAGAUUCCUCAAAUGAAACAAAAAUUUGGGAUUUCUUUCCUAUUCUCGAAGAAUCAUAUUUCCAGCAUUUAAGAAAAGGUAUAGAUCUAUCUAGAGCUCAUUACAAACUGAAAAUUGAGGAACUACGUCUGAAUAAUUCCAAUAAACCAAAUAUUGACUCUGAUGUGAAUGUUAUAGUAAAAGGCAAGAGUUUAUCUAAAUUAAGUGAAGAAGAGAAAAUGCAGGUUCUAAACUCAUCUUUAACUGUUUUUGAUAUAUUAGAUAGCCUUCUGUGUAGACUUAAGGAAUGUAUUGAGGUUGAAAGAAAAGUUUCUUGAUUAUUUUGUAUUGGUAUGAAAUUACUUUAUAAUCAUUAACACUUUUGAUAAUAAAGACUUCCACAAUUUUUAA